CUCCUUCCCUCCUCUCCCCUCGUCCCGCUUGGCGGGGCCUGGUCCUUCCCUUCGGCCGGCCAUGGGGGCCUACCUUUCGCAGCCCAGGACGACCAAAAGCUCGGGGGACGGCGGCGGGUCGGGGCCGCGCCCGCUGUACUUCGGCUACAGCGCCAUGCAAGGCUGGCGGGUCUCCAUGGAGGACGCACACAAUUGCAUUCCUGACCUGGACAGCGAGACGGCGAUGUUCUCCGUCUAUGAUGGUCAUGGAGGGGAAGAGGUUGCUCUAUACUGUGCCAAGUAUCUCCCAGAGAUCAUCAAGGACCAGAAAGCAUACAAGGAAGGCAAGUUACAGAAGGCCCUCGAAGAUGCCUUUUUGGCCAUUGAUGCCAAGCUGACGACUGAGGAGGUGAUCAAGGAGCUGUCGCUGAUGGCAGGGCGGCCCCGACAAGAUGGAGAGGAGAAGGAGGAGAAGGUGGCUGAUGAAGAUGACGUGGACAACGAGGAGGCCGCCUUGCUUCAUGAAGAGGCCACAAUGACCAUUGAGGAACUGCUCACUCGCUACGGCCAGAACUGUGUCAAGGGCAAGCUGGGGCCGCCAGGUGGUGAGCAGGGCCCAGAGGAUGCACGGGAGGAGCCGAGUGUGAAUGGCGAGGUGGGUACCGAGGAGCUCUCUAAGCAUUGCCAGGAGGAGGAGAAAAAUGGCAAGCUAUGCCUUGAGUCCACCACCAGCACCUCCCCAGGUCCAGAUGCUGCUGGCGGAGGGGACGCCAGCGCUCCCCCGAGAAAGGCAGCCGAGGGAACAGCCCCUGCGGCAGGUGAAGCUGAGCCUUCCUGCUCCUCUGCAAGCAAGAGCCAGCGAACCACCAAGUCCAAAUUCUUUGAGGACAGUGAGGAGGAAUCCGAGGAGGCGGAAGAGGAGGAGGAGGAGGAGGAGGAGGAUAGCGAGGAAUGUAGCGAGGAUGAAGACGGCUACAGCAGCGAGGAAGAAGAAAUUGAGGAGGACGAGGACGACACAGAAGAAGCGGAGGAGGACGAAGAUGAAGACAUGAUGCUUGCAGGCAUGGAUGGAAAGGAGGAGAAGCCCGGCUCAGAUAGCGGCACAACAGCGGUGGUCGCCCUCAUCCGGGGCAAGCAGCUCAUUGUGGCCAACACCGGGGACUCCCGCUGCGUGGUGUCGGAAGCUGGCAAGGCCGUCGACAUGUCCUACGACCACAAGCCCGAAGAUGAGGUGGAGCUGGCCAGAAUAAAGAACGCCGGUGGGAAAGUGACCAUGGACGGCCGGGUAAACGGCGGCCUCAAUCUCUCUAGGGCCAUUGGAGACCACUUCUACAAACGUAAUAAAAAUCUACCUCCAGAGGAGCAGAUGAUCUCAGCGCUGCCAGACAUCAAGGUGCUGACAAUCAACGAUGACCACGAUUUUAUGGUCAUUGCCUGCGAUGGCAUCUGGAAUGUCAUGAGCAGCCAGGAGGUGGUGGAUUUUGUCCAGUCCAAGAUCACUGAGAAGGACGAGAAUGACAAGCAGCGAACCCUUUCGUCCAUUGUAGAAGAACUCCUGGACCGCUGCUUAGCUCCUGACACAUCAGGUGAUGGAACAGGCUGUGACAACAUGACCUGCAUCAUCAUCUCAUUCAAACCCCGUCCUGGCCAGGCCCUCCCUGCCGAGGGCUGCAAACGGAAACUUGAGGACAACACGGCAGCGGCUGCCCCUACGGAAGAGAGCUGCAGCAAGAAGGCCAAGCAGGACUAGUAGCCAAGUUGGGCUGGGAAUUGCCCAAGCUCUCCCUGGACUCUUGUUUUUCUAAGCAAUGCUGAACUCUCGAUGCCUGAUUUAGGCCUUUUUUUAGCCUUAGGGAGGCCGUUCGUCUGUGUCAUUGCAGGGGGUGGGGUGAGAGGUUGGGGUUCAUGUUGGUCCCGCUGUUCUUUGAAACCAUUCCAAAGAAUGAAUGGCGGGGAGGGGCAGGGCCUGGCCAGUGCCCAGAAGCCUCCCCUCCACCUACCUUGCCCCACAGUGUCUCCGUGUGGUUGUUGCAAUUUCCGUGCCUGUGAUGUCUUCUGUCGGCAGGAAGCAGUUGUCCAUUGUGGAGGUUUCUGAUCUGCACCCCCCCUCCAUUUAAAGCCCUUCUGGUAUUAUUUGUGGGACUGGCUGCCCUCUCCCCCACCCCCCAAAAUGAAAUUGGCCACCAGGCCCCACUCUGUGUUGUUCACUUUCAAUGACAUUUUUUUCAAACUAAAAGACCAAAAACUGA